GAGCGACUUUCUCAUGGGACAAGAACUCGAGUUUUCAGAUCCUGACAAUGACAACAAGAUCAUAGGUCUCGAAAAGUUCUCAGGUGAGUUACACAAGUUUCUAAGCCUAACUUUGGUAGGGAACAUUAAAGGGUUCAGACUGUCAUGGAAAAUUUUGAAAUAUUGAGAAAUUGUAGAUUUUUCAUUAAAAGUCAAAACAAUCAUAAUUUUACAUAGACAUUUCUUGUGAAUAUACAUUUUGAAUUUUAAUAAAAUGAUUUUUUUAAAUUACUUGAAAAUAACAUGAUAGCUACUGCUAAAUCUUGAGGAUUUUAAACAUGCUUUAGUUUGCUGUAUUGCUUGCAUUUGUUAAGAGACAUAUGUGCUAAAUAUGGGACAUUAACUGCAAAGACUGACUUGUAAUAUUAGUGCUAUUAUGCAAACGUGCUGCAUUUUGUCUGUCAGCAAGCAGUGUGAUCUUUCAUGUACAGAUGGAAGAAGUCAGCCUACCAUUCUGGAAAAUUUCUCUGGUUUUGGCAUUCUGACAGAACAUACAAUUUCAAAAUGGCAAAUCAGGAAAAAAUACACUGUGCCACCACUAUUAUAUAAGGGUCAUCAAGACAGUCAUCACCAUCAAGGACACAUUAUAAUAAGGCAUUUAGUCAUCAUCAUCAUCAUCAUCUCCUCUCAGGGUCUUUAUCAUAGUUGUCAUCAUCAACAUCAUCAUCAUCAUCUCCCCCUCAUCAUCAUCAUCAGCAGGACCAUUAUAGUCAUCAUCAUUAUCAUUAGGCUGGGUAAUCAUCCACCUGGGGUUUCUGAAACGGGCGAUAUAAAGGCCCGUUCAGACUUCAGACUCACACAUUUCUCCAAAUUGCAUGUGCAUGAGGAGCUUGCAGAAGGAAAGCAACGUUUCAUGGAAAGACAGUGAGCAGAAACACUAUAGUCUUGUGUUUUGUUGGAGUACCACCUUUUAUUUGUUGCAUUACUUAACGUUUGUCCACUGGCUUAGUGGCUGACAUCAGUCUGCCUGGCUUCCCCCUGGGAGACGAGGAGAGCUCCCCCUUCAGCCGCCUCAGUAUGGAGAGUGACGCCGAUGACCUGCGUGCGACCGAAAGCGAGCGUGAAGAGAGGGUUUCUGAGUCUGCCUUUCCCUCUUACCUCUCUUGCAGGGGCUGUGGUCAGCUCCUGGAAGACCCCCUGGGACCCGGCAUGGACUUGGUGGGGCCCUUCUGCAUGCACUGCUGCAAAGGGAAUGCGAAUGGUGUUGUGGACAGGAAGCUCUGCUCGGGCUUAGUCUUACAAGCGGAGUCUAGAGGGGGAGGGAAUGAGGGCGCUGGUGGCGAGGAUGGUUCCCUAAAGCUCCACUCAUGCACGCUCUGUGGUUUCACGUCGCGCUACACUAACCACGUUAAGAGGCACAUGAAGACGCACAAUGGCGAAAAGCCAUACGGGUGUCCGCUGUGCUCCUACGCAUCGGCACAACUAGUAAACCUGCAAAGGCACUUGCGCAUACACACCGGGGAAAAGCCCUAUAAGUGCAACCACUGCACAUUUGCGUGCAGUUCCUUAGGGAACCUGAAGAGGCACCAGCGUAUGCAUGCAGCUGUAAGCCCGGGUCAGAGUGCCCCUCAGCCAAUAAGUGGCAACGGUUUAAACCACAUUACCACGGGUCAGAAGGAAAAGGAAGCUGCUCCUGCCCCCACCGAAGUUCCAGGUGCUGUGCAGUCUGCCCCGCGACCCCACAUGGGAAGGGAUGGAAACUACUUGCACGCCCUUGAUGGCCUCAGGCUUGCGCAGCAGUCAUCAACAGGGUUGUUGCAGUCAGGACAGGCUGCGUCUGAACCUGCCUCCUUGCCCCCAAUGUUCUUCCCCUUCACUUGUCGGCUCUGCAGCAUGGCCCUGGAUGACGAAGACGGAUCCUCGGCCCAAAUAUGCGCUAAGUGCACCCUGGAGAUGCUAACUAAGGACACACCCGGAUGCCCCGCUGAGCGAGGGGACAAGGUCUACACCUGUGCUGCCUGCCCCUUCCUCACCCACUACCCGAACCACCUGGCCCGCCACAUGAAGACCCACAGCGGAGAGAAGCCAUACAAGUGCCCGCAGUGCGACUACGCCUCCGCCCACUUCGACAACCUUAAGCGGCACCAUCGAGUACACACUGGCGAGAAACCCUACAAGUGCCACCUGUGUGACUAUGCCUGCGGCAACCUGGCUAAUCUCAAGAGGCACCAGCGGGUGCAUUCGGGCGCCAAACCCUUUCAGUGCACCAUCUGCAACUACAGCUGCAACCAGAGUAUGAACCUGAAGCGGCACAUGUUGCGCCACUCGGGUGAGAAGCCCCAUAAGUGCCAAGAGUGUGGCUACACCACUGGCCACUGGGACAACUACAAACGACAUCAGAAGAAGCAUAGCCUCACUACAGAUGGCUGGGUUAAAGUGCAGAUGCCUGGAAAUGAGGAAGAGGUGGAGGACGAGGAAGAGGUGUAGCCUCUUAUUGCAAGACAUAGUCGUCCAUAUGAGAUUUUACUGUUACUGCAUAAGCUUUGUUGGUUGCUUUUCUUUUUCUUUGUGCCCUCAUUUAUUUUGAAAGUCAUUAUUUUAGACAUUUCUUGGAAUUGUCCACAAGCUGCUACAUGAAGUCAUGCACAAAUUAAAAGACAGUUACCUGAAUGUCCUAAUGCAGGGGUUGUCCAGUCCCGCUCCUGGAGGGCCAACCUUCUUGCAGACUCUAAAUACACUAAACACACCUGAAACGGCUAAUCAAGGUCUUUAGGAUUACUUGAAAAUUCCUGCCAGGUUUGUGGGAGAUGGUUGGCACUAAACUCUGCUGGAAGGUGGUCCUCCAGGAGCAGGUUUGGACACUCCUGAUUAAUGUCUUUGAACAAGGCAGUUUGUGUUACACAAAGCUCUCUAAGAGUGUUCUCUAAGCCUGAUUGUGGUUCAUAUAUCAGUGCCAAACUCUGCACCACUGCCAUAGGAAGUUCUUCUUUAAGCCUGGAGCUACAUUGCAUGCACUUAAGUUUACCUUGAUUGGCUCUUUUGAGGUUUUAUGUGAUUGAUCAUUUGUCCGUCAAAGAUAUUCUCAACCCUACUGAUGAAAAUUUCUUUACAGAUGAGCAUUAUGUUGUGUUCUUUGAUCAUCUUGUUUUUGCUCUCAAUAAUUCUGAGGGAUUAUGUUGCCUUUUAUUGUUGUGUAUCUUUUUGACUGUGAAAAAUGCCAUUUGUCUGAGUUCACUUGAAGCAAAAUGGUGCAUAGUGGGUAUUCGUGUCAUGCUGAACAGAGCUUUUAUUUUUGUAUGUGAUUUUAUUUUUUAUCUCGGAGGAAUGUUUGGCAUGUAUUUGCCUCCCAUGGCAUUGUUAGCUAUACUGAAGGACGACAGUAACCAUAAACCCUAAUAUGCAGUUAAACCUUCAGGUUGCCAAAAACGACUGAACAUUGAUGGAAUCUUGUAGGUGUGUGAUGCUUGAGUGUUUUCUUGUUAUUAUGCAGUGGUUUCAUUAAUGCCUUAAAUAUCCUCAAAUAAAAGAGUUUGUGUUGAAACUUCCUCAUCUCAAUUUAUUUGCCAUCUUUCAGUCAC